UAUAUCAAUCCCCGUACUCCAGCAUCCGAGCUAAGCCUGAUGAUGCACGGACCAUACAAGGCUGAUCAAAUCCCCCUCCACCAAGCUCUCACACGAUAUCCCACCCCUCAUUGAUUCACACUUCUUUCACCACAUCGCACUGCAGCAACCCCUUCUCCGACUCCCAAAAUGAGUACUCCUCAAACCGUAACUCCUGCGAAAAGCUUCAAAUUCCCCCGCGAACACUCAUUCCCUCCUUUCUUCACCCUCCAACCCACCUCUUCGACCCUACACGCUCAACUUCGCAAAUGGAGCGAUUUGAUCCUCUCUUAUUUCGCCUUUUACCGAAUAUUUCGUCUUACAAUUUCUACGAUAUUAUCUUCUGAGUUAUUUAAAAAUGAGAGGAUCAAUAGGAGGUUGGAUGAGGAGGCAUUGAGGGAGGUGUUGGAGUUUAUGAGGAAGGAGGGGAGGGUGGAGUGGAUUGGGGGGAGUGGGAAUGGGAAAGUGGGAGGAGAUGUUUGCUGGGUUUGGUGGAGGAAGGUAGAUGAGUGGGCAAGGGUUAUUGAGGAGUGGGUUGAUGAGACAGGCCAGAGAGGGAGCGUCUUGACACUUUAUGAGUUGGUCGAGGGGGAGAGCGGCAGGGGUGCAGGUAUGUUAUUUGUUUCUUUUUUUACUUUCUUGUUUUGGAUUUAUUUAAUGAGUCUUGCUAAUUAUUGGAUUGAUAACAGAAUUCCACGGCCUGGAUGCGGAAAUUUUACAAAAAGCUUUGGCAAUAUUGGUGAAGAAGGGAAAGGCACAAGUUUUUGGACAGGAGGAUCAACAGGGAGUCAAAUUCUUUUGAAGUGCGUAACAUCUUUUAUAUAUACUUGGGAUACACAUUGGCACUGAGAUUGAAACACAUCAUGCACAGUGGGAGGAUUUGUGGGCCUCGAGGAUGUAUGGGAUAUCCAAAGUCAUAGGGGCUUGCACAUAAGGAGGGACUGGUGGGCUCCUUUAUCAAAGCUUGGUUCCCCUUCUAGAACCUCAUUAAGCUUCCUCCCACCGAAUUUCAGCCGCAUCGAUAUCAUUGUUCAAUACUUCAGCAAAUUCAACCCGAAGAUCCUUUACAUGCCUGAUCUUGAAAGGAUCCUCGGAAUCGGGAAACAUCCAGAAGGCCAGCAAAAACCUUAUAUUAAAACUUCAAACAUUGUACACACACUUAACAGUGCGCAAUCUCGUAGUAAAGUACGCAGAGUCAAAACGACUCUUUCGGAAGCAACACCGGACCACGAGCAGGAUGGGAACCAAACUUUAGUAAAAAGAUGGAAAGGAAAUUUGAAAGCCAUCGCUAGGAAUAGCUUCCAGGUCUAGGCCUGGUCAAGUAAGAAACGGUACGCGGUGUCGUUCUUUUGCCGCUGUCUCCGGGGGACGUACCGAGAUUAGAUGGAGAACAGAAAUUGAUCCUCAGCUCACGUUACCUUGUCCUAGUGUCAAUGCUAGAUUAUUUUGAGCUUAGAUUCAUCGAAUAUCAUCGUCCAUCCCUUUUCUCCAGCAAAAGAUUGAUAUUUGAUCUGCAUGGUGCUGGCGCUUCUAACUCGAAAUGAAAAUUGGAAUAUUGGAUGGAGUGGGUGGAACAAUUCAUGAUAUACACUCUCUGUGUGCGCAGAGGAUGGGAUAGGCACGGAACUUUAGCAUGAAAAUUCGGACAGUUCUGAAUCUUAAGCCAGCGGGCCCCUGGUGAGAUUAGAUUUUAGGAAGCACGUUCGUUAUCUUAGCCGUAAUUUGAUGUCAAAUAAUAAACCUCCUGUUCAUGUCUUUGGAAGGGGGGGGGCUUAUGGAGGUUACGUAGCCAUGGAGCCAUAAAGGCAUGAUUUAUGAAUGCUCGGGAUCUUUUGAUUUCAUUUUCCGACUUGU